CUGAAACUUUCAGUGGCUCGUGGGCCUGGGGAGAAGAAGAAGGGAUUCCGAGGGUGGGACUGGGCAGAGAGAGAGAGCGUGCGUGUAUGUGUGUGGGUCGCGGUGGGGGCGUCGGGGGGACCUCGGGGAUUCCGUGAAGAGGGCACACCAUGGCAGUGCCCGGCGAGGACGCCCGAGUCAGGGACAAGCCCGGCCACGGUGGGGCGAGUCUAGCCCCCACGGCGGGCCCGGACUGCCACCGUCGCGCGGGCCCCGCAUCGCCGCGGGACUCGGGCUGCCGCGGCUGCUGGGGAGACCUGGUGCUGCAGCCACUCCGGCGCUCCGGGAAACUUUCCUCGGCGCUCUGCGCGGGCUCCCUGUCCUUUUUGCUGGCGCUGCUGGUGAGGCUGGUCCGCGGGGAGAUCGGCUGUGACCUGGAGCCGAGUAAGGCGGCGGCGGCGGCGGAGGAGGAAGCGGCCCCGGGAGCAGGAGGGGGCGUCUUCCCGGGGCCUCGGGGAGGUGCUCCCGGGGGCGGCGCGCCGCUCAGCCCCUGGCUGCAGCCCUCGGCGCUGCUCUUCAGUCUCCUGUGUGCCUUCUUCUGGAUGGGCUUGUACCUCCUGCGCGCCGGGGUGCGCCUGCCUCUGGCCGUCGCGCUGCUGGUCGCCUGCUGCGGGGGGGAAGCGCUCGUCCAGAUUGGGCUGGGCGUCGGGGACGAGCACUUACUCUCGCUCCCCGCCGCGGGGGUGGUGCUCAGCUGCUUGGCCGCCGCGACAUGGCUGGUGCUGAGGCUGAGGCUGGGCGUCCUCAUGAUCGCCUUGACUAGCGCGGUCAGGACCGUGUCCCUCAUUUCCUUAGAGAGGUUCAAGGUCUCCUGGAGACCUUACCUGGCGUACUUGGCCGGCGUGCUGGGGAUCCUCUUGGCCAGGUACGUGGAGCAAAUCUUGCCGCAGUCCGCGGGGGCGGCUCCGAGGGAGCAUUUUGGGUCCCAGCUGAUUGCUGGGACCAAGGAAGAUAUCCCGCUGUUUAAGAGGAGGAGGCGGUCCAGCUCUGUGGUGUCCGCCGAGAUGUCGGGCUGUAGCAGCAAGUCCCACCGGAGGACCUCCCUGCCCUGCAUACCGAGGGAACAGCUCAUGGGGCAUUCAGAAUGGGACCACAAACGGGGGCCAAGAGGAUCACAGUCUUCAGGAACCAGUAUUACUGUGGAUAUUGCUGUGAUGGGCGAGGCUCACGGCCUCAUUACCGACCUCCUGGCAGACCCUUCUCUGCCCCCCAAUGUGUGCACGUCCUUGAGGGCAGUGAGCAACCUGCUCAGCACCCAGCUCACCUUCCAGGCUAUUCACAAGCCCAGGGUGAAUCCUGUCAUUUCCUUCAGUGAAAACUACACCUGUUCGGAUUCUGAAGAAAGCUCUGAAAAAGACAAGCUGGCCAUUCCCAAGCGCCUGAGAAGGAGUUUGCCCCCGGGUUUGUUGAGACGAGUUUCAUCGACUUGGACAACUACCACCUCAGCCACAGGUCUACCCACUUUGGAGCCUGCCCCAGUACGGAGGGACCGUAGUGCCAGCAUGAAACUACAUGAAGCGCCUUCAUCCAGUGCUGUUAGUCCUGAUUCUUGGAAUAACCCAGUGAUGAUGACCCUAACCAAAAGCAGAUCCUUCACUUCGUCCUACGCUGUUUCUGCAGCUAACCACGUAAAGGCUAAAAAGCCCAAUCGACCAGGUGCCCUAGCUAAAAUUUCACCUCUUUCCUCGCCCUGCUCCUCACCUCUCCAAGGGACUCCUGCCAGCAGCCCCAUCAGCAAAAUUUCGGCAGCGCAGUUUCCAGAAUCUUCCGACACAACUGCCAAACAAGGCCUAAGUUCUCACAGGGCCUUAACUUAUACUCAGAGCGCCCCUGACCUGUCUCCUCAGAUCCUGCCUCCACCUGUUAUAUGUAGCAGCUGCGGCAGACCGUAUUCCCAAGGGACUCCCGCUGAUGGGCCCCUGGAGAGAGGCAGUGCAGCCAUUCGGACUCCAGGCAGAGCAGAUGACACUGCUCAAGUUACCUCUGAUUAUGAAACCAAUAACAACAGUGAUAGCAGUGAUAUUGUACAAAAUGAAGAUGAGACUGAGUGUCCAAGAGAGCCACUGAGGAAAGCGUCGGCUUGCGGCACCUACACGCCUGAGACCAUGAUAUUCCUGGACAAACCAAUUCUUGCUCCUGAACCUCUUGUCAUGGAUAACUUGGACACAAUUAUGGAGCAGCUAAAUACUUGGAAUUUUCCAAUUUUUGAUUUGGUGGAAAAAAUAGGAAGAAAAUGCGGUCGUAUUCUUAGUCAGGUGUCAUACAGACUUUUUGAAGACAUGGGCCUCUUUGAAGCUUUUAAAAUUCCAGUUAGGGAAUUUAUGAAUUAUUUUCAUGCUUUGGAGAUUGGAUACAGGGAAAUUCCUUAUCAUAACAGAAUCCAUGCCACUGACGUCUUACAUGCUGUUUGGUAUCUGACGACACAGCCUAUUCCAGGCCUCUCAACUGUGGUUAAUGAUCACGGAUCAGCAAGUGAUUCAGAUUCUGACAGUGGAUUUACACAUGGACAUAUGGGAUAUGUAUUCUCAAAAAUGUAUAAUGUGCCAGAUGAUAAAUACGGCUGUUUGUCUGGAAAUAUCCCUGCCUUAGAGUUGAUGGCACUGUAUGUGGCUGCAGCCAUGCAUGACUAUGAUCACCCAGGAAGGACUAAUGCUUUCCUUGUGGCAACUAGCGCUCCUCAGGCUGUGCUCUAUAAUGAUCGUUCAGUUUUGGAGAAUCACCAUGCAGCUGCUGCCUGGAAUCUUUUCAUGUCCCGGCCAGAAUAUAACUUCUUAGUUAACCUUGACCAUGUGGAAUUUAAGCAUUUCCGUUUCCUUGUCAUUGAGGCAAUUUUGGCCACUGACCUGAAGAAACACUUUGACUUCGUAGCCAGAUUUAAUGCCAAGGUGAAUGAUGAUGUUGGAAUAGAUUGGACCAAUGAAAAUGAUCGUCUACUGGUUUGUCAAAUGUGUAUAAAGUUGGCUGAUAUCAAUGGGCCAGCUAAAUGUAAAGAGCUCCAUCUUCAGUGGACAGAGGGUAUUGUCAAUGAAUUUUAUGAACAGGGUGAUGAAGAGGCCAGCCUUGGGUUACCAAUAAGCCCCUUCAUGGACCGUUCUGCCCCUCAGUUGGCCAAUCUUCAGGAAUCCUUCAUCUCUCACAUUGUGGGUCCUCUGUGCAACUCCUAUGACUCAGCAGGACUGAUGCCAGGGAAAUGGGUGGAAGACAGUGAUGAGUCAGGAGAUACAGAUGACCCUGAGGAAGAGGAGGAGGACGAAGCACCAAAUGAAGAGGAAACCUGUGAAAAUAAUGAAUCUCCAAGAAAGAAAACUUUCAAAAGGAGGAAAAUCUACUGCCAAAUAACUCAGCACCUCCUGCAGAACCACAAGAUGUGGAAGAAAGUCAUUGAAGAGGAACAGCGGUUGGCGGGCAUGGAAAAUCAGUCUCUGGACCAGUGCCCCCAGCAGCAUCCCUCAGAACAGAUCCAGGCCAUCAGGGAAGAAGAGGAAGAGAAAGGGAAGUCGAGAGAAGAGGAGAUCCCCACCCCAAAGCCAAACCAGUGACAAUGGAUAGAAUGAGCUGUGUUUCCGAACCGAGUGACUUGUCACAGACUCUUUUCAAGCCAGCACAACACUUAGACACGACACUGUAGAAAUACAAGAAGAUGGGCAAAUGGUUAUCGCAUUGGGGGAUUUUUCGCAUUUUACGUGUUUAUUUUUACAGUGAGGUACCUUGUUAAAAACUCUUGCUCAGAGAAGCUUUCACAUUUGCAACACCAGCUUCUAAGGAUUUUUUUAAGGAAGAAAUAUAUAUGUGUGUAUGUAUAUAAGCUCUCACGUAGAUACAUGUAAAACAUAUUCACACACACAUACACACAUACACACUGAAAGCCAGGAAUACUGGCUCCACAAUUUAGUAACGUUCAUAGUAAGAUAUAUAGUGGUCACUGUGAUAUAAUAAAUCAUAAAGGUAAAAAUAAAGGAAAACAAUUCGCAAGGGAAAUGGUGCGGCUUAGCAGGAGAGCAGUGCAGCAAAUGCAGGUUACAGCUAAGAAGCUUUUGCUCUUAGUACUGAGGGAUGAAAGUUCCAGAGCAUUAUUUGAAUUCUUACACAUCCUGCCAACAUCGUAUGUGUGUGUUUGUGUGUGUGUGUGUGUGUGUGUGUGUGAGGGGGGAGGGAUUGAAAGGGUGUCUGUGUGUAUGUGUGUCUGUGAAGAGAUUUGUGUGGUUUCAGCGGUUCAUGGAAUUGCUGCAGCACAGGACUCAGCACAUGUGAACAAACAGAAGGGAGUUCAGUCUGGAGUAUCUUUGAGAGGCGGCCAUUGCAAAUGCCUUCCUCCGUUUCGCUUCAUAAAGUUCCCUCUGCAGAGGGAGGGUAUUCCCUGGCUGGGCGAGAGGGCCACGUGACUGGUACUACUGCGAUACACCACUUGGAGGCUCUCUGUCACCAGCCUUAAACCUGGAAGACUGAGGCAUUUUCCAAUCUACUCGCCUAAUGAAUGUAUAGGAGCUGUUUGUCUAUGAGUGUGUCUGUCCCUCACCUGAAAUUUAAGGGGAUGGCUUUCUUUAUACAGAAACACCUAGGAAGGAGCUAGAGUCAGGUCUUUUCAUCAGGUUAGAAUUCUAAAAGGUUGCCAGAGAAGAUCUGGGACAUUGCUCUUAACAGUGAUCUCCCAUGUCUUAAUUUACUGCAAAAUGUACGGUAGAAAAAUUAAAAAGAGAGAAAGGCUAAGAGAAACCCACUUUGGGAUUUAUAGCAAGAGGGGAAGGGGGAAAUUUCCCCCUCGGGUUCGGUGUGUGUUGACAGACUGAAAGCCUGAUUCUUGGCAACUGUUGAAGGAUUGGCUUUUGGGUGGGGAAGGUCCCACUGACCAACCCUGUUAUGAGACUCCACAUGCUGUGUGAUGGAGUAGCUUCUAUCUGCAGUCAGGCCCAUCAUCGUGCUUCUUUUGACAGGGAAGAUUAUAGAUGGAUUUUGGGGGGACUGGGCCUAUUAUUGAAAGUCUUUGUUUUUUUUUUUUUGGUUUGUUUAUCUACACUUGUUUAUGCUGUGAGCCAUACCUAUUUAAAAAGUUGAUACUCACUUUCAAUAUUUUAUUUCAUAUUAUAUGUCAUGAAUAGUUAUCUUGAUGUAAAUAUAAAGAUUUUUUUUUUGUUUCUGUAGAUAGUAAACUCUUUUUUUUUAAAAAAAAGGGAAAAGGGAAACAUUUUUAUAAAGUUAUAUUUUAAUCACCAUUUUGAUACAUUGUAUACAUGUACACAUUUGCUACAAUGAUACAUUGAUACAAUGUAUAUGUUUUGAUACAUUGAUUACAUCCCCAAGUCCAGAAAAAGAGUGAUGAUUCAUUUGCAUGGAGGUCUAUGGACAGCCACUCAUCUACCUAUUCUAAUUUAAAUGAUAAUCUGGUACAGUUAUUUUAUGCCAAUUAAAUGAGGAUGCUGCGAAGAAUGUUUUUUCACUAGUAACUUUUGCUAACUUUUGGGUUGAUACCUCCCAAGUGAAGUACUUUCUUAACCAAUACUAAAUGUUUGUCAUUGGUGUCCAUUUCUUCCCAACACUUUUUGGUUGUAACUCUUGCUUCAGGACCAUAUACGGAUCUGCUCAUCAUGUAAACAAUCUUAGCUUCUAAGUACACCUUGAUUGUGAUUUCUACUUUUUAUUUCCUCUGAAGUCAUAGAAAAGAGUGUUUACAUUAAAAAUGCCUUUGUUUCUCAUAAAUUGAUAUUAUAUUCUUCCCUUCCAAAGUGAUGGCUUUAUAAUAAUCCAUAGCAUUCUUUAAAUGAGCCAAAGAUAAUGCAAUCAAAAAUAAACAUGGUUUCAAGGCAGAUUUCCCAAUAAGCAGGAAAAUAUGAAAAGGAUCAAAUGGACUCAGACUGUACCUAAAUAAUUACAGCAAUUUCAGUAUUUUUCUGAGUUAACAACAGGUGUUCAUUAUUUAGGACUUAUCGAGUUGUUUUCCUUUUUCUUAGUAUUGCCUGUGUGUCUCAAUGUUUGCAGAAAUUACUGUGAGUCAAACACGUUUCCCCAUGAAUUUAACUGUUCUCCUUCCCUUGCAAAUAAGAGAAGGAAAAAAACGUGUUCAUAUUCACAUACGUCUUGCAUCUAGUUACUUAACAAAACUAAUCUUUUCCCUUUCUCCAAAUGUCUUUCAUCUCUAAAAUAAAUAUAAGUAGAGAAAAAAUCUACGUGUGGAGCAAGUAGAAUGGUGAGAGGGCAGUUGAGAGUCCAUAACCAUUUAUAUAGGCAGCUACAUCAAGGCUGCCUGGCCCCGAGUAGGAGUCAUCCUGGCUGCCAGACUGGAGAGCUUAGCAAACUGCCUGGUGUUUGUUUGUUUGUUUUGUUUUAAGAUCCAUGAAAUAAUAGGAAUACUGGUGGUCAAAACAAUUAGAACCUCUUCAUUUCAUAAUUGUGUUCAUCAGUCCAGGCAGGUUGAUAAUUUUUAUUUCAAAAAUAAAUUGCCAAUAUAUGAAAGCUAGAAGUCAAUUGAAGCAGAGGAGAUUCAUCCAGUGUGUGACUGUCAUACACACAGAAUACAUCCCAAAGGAUGCCUAGGGACAUAAGAAGUUAUUUUCUGUUAGUGAUGUUCUCCCCUUCCUUGGUGACAGCAAUAUUACUGUGUUCACUUCCAACUCCGGAGCUUACUUCCUGUGGUGCCAGUGUAUUUGUUGCAAUUUACUACAUUUUUAUAUGAGCCUAAUUAUAGGUGCCAUUAGAUAAACUCAGGUCUUUCAAAUGAAGGAAUUUCUAGCCCAUUUAGGGUAAGGAUAACUGUAUAGACAGCCAUAAAACCAAUGGUAGGAAAAGUUGGAACUGAUGACCUUGAUGCUAGUGGUUACUCUCUGUUAAGGCGAAGACCAGGUAUACUAUGAGUGUCAUCGUUGUCAUUUCCAAAUGCUAAUAGAGUGUCUUUACAGUUAUCUAUCUAAGGCAACCUUUAGAAUAUAAUUUCCUUGGUGAAAACACCACUUUAGUUUUAUUUUUUUAACUAUAAAAUUAUUUUUUUGUCAUUUAUAUAAGACCUGGUUUUGCUCUCAGUAGAAGAUGAAAACAGUAGCUCUGUACAGGGAUAUAUCUAUAUUGGUCUUUAUAUGACAAGUGAAGGAAUUUCCUCAUGUUAUGUUUAAGAAAAUAUCCACUUUCUAAAAACACGAUACCCAUUUCUUUCUGUUCCAUUUUGAUGGAAUUCCAGAACAAAUCCUAACCAUUGCAAUCCCAGUAAAACUAAAGAAAGGGGAUUGUAUGUCAUGCAGAUUGUUCGUAUUACAUGUAUGUAUGAUGAUUUCCUCGUGUCCCCUGUCUCUCUUGAUUUGCAAUUUCUUGAUGCCCCCUGUCACUUUCCCAGAGAACUUUCUUUCAAGGUAAAAGCUGUGCAAAAGGCAUGAGACUCAGGCCUAUUCUUUGUUUAAAUGAUGGAAAAAUAUAAAUUAUUUUCUAAGUAAUAAAGAUAUAAAAAUUGUCAUUGUAAAUAAAGCCUAAAGUUUGAAAUGA